AUGUCCUCGAGCCUUCUUCUCCGCUCUGCGUUCUCCAGGAACCUUACACAUCGUCUGGCAGCGCGCUCUGUUAACCAGGCUCGAUAUGCAACCAGCGAAGCAUCCCAGUAUAAAUACGUCCCUGGCGGUCCCAUCAUCCAGGGAACCGUGAACGACCCCACCACCUUCCCAGCACCCUCACGAACCCAUGGGUCUUACCACUGGUCAUUUGAGCGACUCCUCUCAGCGGGCCUCGUUCCUUUGACUGCCGCUGCAUUCGUCACAACUGGAAGCAACUAUCCUGUUCUCGAUGGACUUCUUGGGGUCAGCUUGAUUAUGCACAGUCACAUUGGCUUCGAUCAAUGCCUUGUUGACUAUCUGCACCCCCGAAAAUUCCCUAUUCUCGGAAAGGUUGCUACCUGGACGCUGAGAACGGCGACUGUUGGAACCCUUGUUGGCCUCUACCAGUUCAACACCAACGACAUUGGUCUCACCGAGCUAAUUGCUAGGGCCUGGACCGCUUAA